AAAGGGAAAGCAAAGAACAGAACACUUUAGAGCAAGAACAAGACACCAGAUUGUUAACCCAGUUACACCCGUUAAAUAGGGUGUUAGUCUGGGCCGGGAACUGUCUCCCGGAAUCCACUAGAUCAAAGGUUACAAGAGAGUAUCAGACACCCCACAAGCCCCUUACAAAGCUUCUCUCGGAAUCACUCUCUACCCACUUCCCAAGAACAAAGAUACAAGUUUAUGCUGUGUAUUUUGUUCUAACUUCUUGUCUUACUUUAUCUCUAUGCAAUGUACCUAUUUAUAUGAAAAGACUUGAUGACCUAGUUGCUUCUGUGAUGCCGUUUUGAUUCCAUCACAAGCACGCUCCAUGUACGGAACCAGGCUGUCUACUCUCUCUUAUCUUCUUGUUCAGUACCCGACAAACAGCAGUUUGCUUUUGCUUUUAUGAGCUGCGGCAAACGGCUAGUCUUUGUGGUCCUGCAAAGAGAAACUCACGUGGUCUUGUCCAAGAUACAUUGAUACUUCUUCUUCACGUCUUCUUCUUCUUCUAUCUUCUUCAUGAUUUUCUUUACUAAGUCUCAACAAGAGAAAUGGAGUUGAAGCUGUACAACACGUACACGCAGCAGAAGGAAGUGUUCAGACCGAUCAAUCCCGGGAAAGUCGGAUUGUACGUCUGUGGAAUCACAGCUUACGAUUUCAGCCACAUCGGCCAUGCUCGCGCUGCCGUUCCCUUCGACGUUCUCUACAGAUUCUUGAUGUAUUUGGGUUAUGAAGUUACUUACGUCAGAAAUUUCACAGAUGUUGAUAACAAGAUAAUCGAACGUGCUAAGAAGAAUGGAGAGAAACCGUUAGAGUUGAGUAAUCGCUUUUGCCACGAGUAUUUGGUUGAUAUGGGUGCUCUUCAGUGCCUCCUUCCCACCCACCAGCCUCGUGUCAGCGACCAUAUGGAUCACAUUAUUAAUAUGAUUCAAAAGAUCAUUGAGAAUGGUUGCGGGUAUGCUGUGGAAGGGGGCGAUGUGUUCUUCUCUGUCGACAAAUCACAAAACUAUGGUAAGUUGUCUGGUCAGCUGCUGGAACAUACACGGGCUGGUGAGCGAGUUGCGGUUGAUUCGAGGAAGCGUAACCCUGCUGAUUUUGCCUUAUGGAAGGCUGUAAAACCUGAUGAGCCGAGCUGGGAGAGCCCAUGGGGUCCAGGAAGACCGGGAUGGCACAUCGAGUGCAGUGCCAUGAGUGCUCACUAUCUAUCCCCGAGAUUUGACAUUCAUGGUGGUGGUGCUGAUUUGAUAUUCCCACACCAUGAAAAUGAGCUUGCUCAGACAUGUGCUGCAUGUGGUGAGCAUGGUGGUGUUAAUUACUGGCUGCAUAAUGGCCAUCUCACUAUCAAUAACGAGAAGAUGUCAAAAUCAAAGGGCGACUUCAAACCAAUCAGAGAAGUGACAGAACGUUACCAUCCAUUGGCUCUGAGGCACUUUUUGAUAAGUGUACACUACCGGUCUCCUCUGAGCUACUCAGCGUCAAAGCUAGACAGUUCCUCAGAACUUUUGUAUUAUGUUUAUCAGACAUUGCAAGAUCUUGAUGACGCUCUCUUGCCAUAUCGAGAGGCAAUGUCUGAAGAAGCUGAACCGACUUCAGAAGCCAAAGACAUCAUUAUCAAACUCAAAAGUGAGUUUGAUAAAAAGAUGUCAGACGAUUUGAAUACUCCCCAUAUACUAACGGGUUAUUACCAAGUUGCAUUGAAAUUCAUCAACGAUUCCAUCGGCAAGCUCGAGAAAAUGCAGGAGAAACAGAGGAUGUCACUGCUUGUGUCACUUGUUGAGAUCGAGAGAGGAGCCAGGAAAGUUCUUGAAGUGCUUGGUUUGCUCACUACCCUGAGCUAUGCCGAGAUUCUGAAAGAGAUGAAACAAAAAACACUCACAAGAGCAGGAUUGAGCGAAGACGACCUUUCACAACUAAUUCAAGAAAGGAUAAUGGCGCGGAAGAAGAAAGAGUUUGAGAAAAGUGAUGUGAUUAGAGCAGAACUGGCAGCUAAAGGAAUAGCUUUAAUGGAUGUUGUCGGCAAAGAAACUGUGUGGAGGCCAUGCUUACCUUCUCAGGCUACUAAUUCCAGCGACUAAGCAAAAGAACAAUUUUUCAUCUCUCCACAUUCUUCUUCUUGUUUAAUAUUCUCUCUCCUUUUUUUUGGACAAAUUUAAUAUUCUAUCUUUAUUACUCUUUGUUUGCAUCUGAAUUUUCACAAUGACAAUUGUAUAUCAAUUGUAACUGUAUAUGUUACUUUGGAUAUUUGCUCUAGCGCCGAACAUGAUUUUUAGAUUGUUCACAAAUGACAAGUAUAUUAUCUAUGUGAUUUCGGUUUUCCGAAACUGAACCAAAUUUUUGAUUUUCUGUUAACGAAAAAAACUAAAAAUAAUUCAGAGAUUAACCGACAACUCUUUUGGUUUGGUUCGGUUAUCGGUUGAAACCGAGAUUAACCGAAAUCUGUUUUUUUUUAAAUUGAAAAUACGGUUUAAAUCGGGUAUUUUCGAUUGAAUUCGGUUCUAUUAGUUAAGUUUAAUUGAUUAUGGUUAACAUCGGUCCAAUUUCAACAUAAAUCGGUUUAGUUUUGGUAUAAUAAUUCGGAUCCAAACUGAAAAGCCCAAAUAAACAGAAAAUAGGCUUAAACACGUUUUUGUGAACGGGAAAAAAGGAAACAGACUGAUUACAUCUGAAUCACGACGGAUUACUCCAGAUCCUCCGAUGAAGCUUCCGCGAACAACGACGACGACGGGAGAGUUAUUCUGGGGAUACUUCUUCGUGACAAUUGGUUCCGUCUCCUUCUUCGGAUUCGUCUUCGCAAUCAUCGCUUCGACUUUGUUUCCGCUCUCUCAAAAUCCGUUAAACCAAGGUCUGAAGAAUGAUAGGUACUACUACUGCUUCUUGGUCCCCUUGACUAUACCAGUUAUAACGGUUGCCGUCUACUUUCAUUGGCUAAGCAUGAAGCUCUUCAAGCACGCCUGAUAUACAUCCCAUUAGGAUUUGUGAUUUUUAAUUUCACUCUCUCGCCUGAUAUAUGCAUUCUUCUAGAGUGUUUUGAUGUAUUCAGAUGAAAUUAGAUUGUUCAAUUUCUUGGGUGAUUACUACAAAAUUAGGGCUUGUGCAAUCCAUUUGAUGAUAAAUAUGCAAGAGGGAACGUUUUGAAUUAAA